UUAUAUGACCAUACCUGUGGUUCAUAGUGGUCCAUAAAGCCUAGCCGCCUCAUCAGCCUGCAUGUAAUCUGUGCAAGUUGAUUGACAUAACCUGACCUAGAUCUGGAUAAGUAACUUUGUGGCAGCUCAAAGCGUGUGACGCUGCAUCAGAAUGGAACCUUAUCCAGGAAAUGUAACUCUGUCAUAUAAAUUGAAUACUGAGGGACUCGAAACAGUAAAAUUUGGUAAAGAAAUAAAAGAAAAAGAGUUUCUCUUAGAUCCAGAUAUUUGUUUUCUAAAUCAUGGCAGCUAUGGGACAGUUCCUCGGCGCAUUGCAGAUCUUCAGGUCAAAUACAACUUGGAAAGAGAGAAACACCCUGAUUUCUGGUUUAGGCUAAACUGCAAACAAUAUGUAGACCAGAGUCGCCAGACUGUUGCAGACUUUAUUGGAGCAGACGUUGAGAAUGUUAUGCUAGUUUGUAAUUCUACUACAGCUUUAAAUACAGCGUUGAAAUCCUUUCCUUUCAAAUCUGGAGAUGCAGUUCUAGAUACAACCCUAACUUAUGGUGCCAUUUAUAGGUUGUGUAAAGAUUUUACAUCUAGGAUCAGACCAGAUGUGGAAAGAGUCAAUCUAGAAAUAGAGUUUCCCAUUGCAAGUGAAGAUGACAUUAUUGAGAAAUAUGAAGAGAUCUUUAAGAAACACCCAAACAUUAAAGUGGCUAUUAUAGACCAUAUAACUAGUCCUACAUCGAUUGUCAUGCCAGUGAAAAGGCUAGUGGAACUUUGUCACAACAAGGGCAUUGUGGUCUUCAUUGAUGGAGCGCACUGUAUUGGUCACCUUCCUUUGGACAUGCAAGACCUCGGGGCAGAUAUUUACACAUGCAAUCUGCACAAGUGGACUUAUGCCCCCAGAGGGGCAGCUGUUCUGUGGUUUGACAGUAAGCAUGCUGGUUGGAUUAAUCCUCCAAACACUUCCUGGAGGAUCGGAGAAACUUUGGAUUGCCAGUUCUUUGAUCAAGGUACCAGAGACCAUGUCCCUACUAUUUGUGCUAGACAUGGUUUGGAGUUUUACGAAGCUAUUGGAGGAAUGACUAAGAUCAUACAGUAUACUUCAUCUUUAGCAGACCAGGUUAAAGAUUUGUUUAUAAAGGAGCUGGGAUUUGAACCACUAUCUAUACCACAAGCCCUGGAAGCCCCGAAUAUGAGACUAGUUAAGCUGCCUCCAUUUUCAAAAUUUCCUUGCACAGAGGAAGGUUCUGUUGCCCUUCAGAAGGCCAUUUUCGGAGGUACAAAUGUAUUUGGUGUAUUGGUGCUAGUGAAGACAGACAUCUACUUGCGAUUCUCAGUACAAGUGUACAAUGACAUAGAUGACUUCAAAGAGUUUAUCAAGAUUUAUCGAGACUUUCUACGCAAGCUUUCAGAAUAAGGAUUUCUAGUCAUUAGGAGAAUAAAGCUUAGAUUGUAAUCA